AACCACGAUGUAUAAAUAUUCAAUGUCAACUGAAGGACAUUUAACCUAUGCUACUAUACGUCAGAUUAGAUUUUGUGAUUGUUGUUGUUUUCAUAUUCGUAUUUUGGACACAAAAUAACAAAAUCAUGGCACAAUCCUCCAUAGAAUGGGUAACACGAAGCCCAUACAUAAAACAUUUAGUCCACAACAUGCAAAAAACUCAAGUUGAAGAUCAUCCACUCAAAGCAAUCACUGUAACCGAACGCAUUCCACGUCGAGUUUUAAGCUCACAAUCAAGCACAGGCAGAACAACACCCAUUAUAUCAACACCAACAGCAUUAAUUGAUAUUAGUGCUGCUCUGGAGGGCAUUGAUCCAUUGACAAAGUUUGCCAUUGAAGAAAUGGAUCCUCUGACAGCAUUCGCGAAUGAAAACGCAAAAACUGUUGUUUCCACUAAGCCUACAUCAGAUAAACCCGAAGUAGACUCAUGGGACGCUCGCAAAGUCUCCAUUCUAAACCAAUUCACCACAUCAGAGAAGAUAUCAAUUGUUACAAGUUUCCUAAACGAUGAUGAGCAAGUCGUCGUUAAAACCCAAACAUCAUCAAUUGAUAAAGUGCAAAGCAAGUUGGAGCAGUUGGAUUACUUUGAGGAAGGCUCUCAGCAAAAGUUUGACCUCUCACAAGUAGAAUACAUGAAACGCAUUGAUUAUUUAAACCGCGAGUUGGUUUCUGCAUGGACUUCGGAGCAAAGAGUGAAAUCUUUGAAGAUUGCCAUUCAAUGCGCCAAGAUGUUAUCGGAUACCGAAGUCCUGCAGUUCUAUCCGAGUAAAUUCGUAUUGAUCACAGAGAUUUUAGACGUUUUCGGUGUGUUGGUCUAUGAAAGAUUGCGAAGAAAAGCAUUUUAUAUCCGACCAGGGACAAAAACACCAACUGCAUUACCGCAUAAUUUCACACCGGACAUGGUGCAUGAAACAGCGAAGGAAACAUGUCGAAAUUGGUUUUAUAAAAUCGCAUCCAUACGCGAAUUAGUACCGCGGAUUUACGUCGAAAUGGCGAUUUUAAAAUCGUACAGUUUUCUAACCUCAAGCGAAUAUUCAGCGGCUUUGAUGCGAUUAACGCAUAUGAUUCGUGGGAUUGGUAAUCCGUUGGUUUCGCUGUAUGCGCGGUGUUAUUUAUGCCGUGUGGGGCUUACAGUCACAACACCAGGCAAAGAUAAUAGCUUUCUGAUGGAGAAUUUUUAUGACUUUUUGAAUUUGCAUCAACAUGUAAGUAGGCAACCAGUUAACCACAUUAUCGAAUGUUAUCAAAAAAUGCCGAUUGCGUCUUAUCUCACCCUGUACACUCCUGCAUUGGAUUUUAUUCUUUCACAAGUUGCAACACAGGGUGAGGCUCUCCUACAGGAUAUUCUUGAAAAGUGUAAGAAUAUCACUAAUAGUUCUUUGAUGUUAAACACGAUAAUGUCUGUGUUUAAACCUUCGUUUAUCUCGCAUCGUUGUCUGAGUUUCCUCGACACAAUUAUCAAAAGCAACGAUGAACGCGGGUUCCCUCUACAUGUACUUUUGCGAACCUUGGGACUUUGUGUGACUGUAUGUCCACCACCUGCUGAGGACAGGAAAAAAGUCCUGGCGAUUGUUUGGAGUCAUUUAUCGCAUAUUCGCAAAGCCGAUGAAUAUUUAAACAGUAUAGAACCAUGGGUGCAAUAUGCAGUCCAACAUUUUAUGGGUCUUGAUAGUCAAGUAAAUCAAAUACUUGGAAAUAUUGUCCAACAUAUGAGCGUUGAACGCACUGAAAAACCCUACAAUCAAUUAAAACUCGUUGUGGAACGGAUUGUUAAUCAUGUGCCUGAUAUUGAAGCACUUGUUGCAAUGGAUUAUUUCCUACCCUUAAUCGACUUAUUCCAACACGAACAACAUAAAGUUGAAGUAUGUAAAAUCAUCCUCACGGCAUGGAACGCCCCGAAUCAAUCACAGCCAAUCACAGAUCCGAUAAUCAUCAACACUGUGACGCAUAUAUGUUCCGCCAUGCAUGAUUCAGUCAGCGCCCUCACUGUUGAAGACGAAGUGCGGCAAAUCAGCGAACUAAUCAGCGCUACAAUCCGAAAAGUUGAUUAUGGCCGCGAUUUCGAGCAACAAUUAACAUUCUACGUGGAAAGUCGUGGCGCAUACAGUAAUUUAUACGCUGUAUUAGUCCAACUGGUACACUGCGUUAAUCUACUAUCGAUUAAAACAAGAUCGAUUGUAAAUGGCCACCAUACAAGAAAAACAGGCGCGUUUGUACGCGCAUGCGCAGCAUAUUGCUUCAUAACAAUUCCAUCAAUAGCAUCAGCAAAGACAAGAUUAGAGUUGUAUCUACACAGUGGACAAGUAGCACUGUUUAACGCAUGUCUUGGUCAAGCAGAUGCAUUCUUCAAAGCAGCAUUAGCGAUUCUACAUGAGAUUAACGCUGUGAAUGUUACUGAACAAAUGCUGCCGAAGAAUUCGGAUGAAUUUCUAUUAUCAUACAUUAGGAAGUUCCUGAGUGUAUUGAUUGUUGUACCGGAUGCGCCGGAUAAAGGCGUCUUGCAUUCCACGCGGAUUUUAUUGAAUUUCGUGCAGAAUUAUGACUGGCACUCGGCGCAGAUGCUCGCGGAUGUUUACAUCAACGUUUUGGAUAUGUUGGCAGCCAUGGGGCAGGAUACAUAUCCAUAUUAUAUUGAUAAAGUUGAAAGUAAUGAUGCUCUUUAUGGCAGUGAUCCGAAAUUCCUCGCUGAGUUGAAUAAAAUCGCCACAAUUGUUUUAAAUGAAUUGCUAGUGAAGCUAAAAGAGAUCGGCGCGGGUCGAACACAAUCGUUACUCGCACAAAAACUGCUGAAUGUUGUUUUAAGCCGAACUGAUCUUGCAACAGCGCCAUCUCUGGCUACUUUAGUGGUGAAUUUAUGGAAUAUUUCGUUGAAACAUGGAAAUAUCGAUAAGAGACGCAUGGGCAUUUUACCCAGUGGAAAAUACUUCGCCAAAAAGUAUUCGCAUAGUGAAGAUGUGAUUUAUGAUCAAGUCCUAUCAAAACUAAAUCUAUAAUGCAUGUUUUUUUAAUUAUUAUUUCAAUGUGAAAGGUAAAAAUAAAAUUGAGAUACAUUUUGGAGAUUUUGAAUGAGUAAAAA